AUGGAGGUUCUCAAGACGGCAAAAAUCACCAACGAAGCCGCGGCCAAGAUCCUAAAGAAGUUUGUGGCGACCAAAGAGGACGAGACGAAUGCGGAUUUGAUGAUGAGCGAAGAGGUCAAGUUCCAAUUGGUGCAGGUGCUGGCGCACUUGGAAGGCAAGAAGCCGCAGAUCGAGUUGCCGCAGACGGAGGACCUAUAUGGGCAAUACUAG